AUGGAGACAUUGGUCGAGAAUGGCGAUGGCCAGCUCACUAUUCAAAACAUUCAACCUCCGACAAAACGAAAAUCCACAGACACUUUGUCUAUCGAAGAAAGAGAGAACCAGAAACGAGUCGCCGAAGCCCGGAAAAAAUAUGGACGAGGACGACCUGUACGUGUUAACGAAAUAAAAGACAAGAAGCUCCGUGCAAAUCUCGAACGAGUCGAGAAUAAAUACCGAACCGCCGUUCUGAAUGCGAAGGAUGCAGAAAUCCUAUAUGAAAACGAGGAGGGUUUCCUCCAGCCCGAGAGUGAGCUGGAAAAGACACACAAGGUCCGUCAAGAUGAAAUUUUGGAUGCGGUCGGUGUUCAACAAGCCAACAAGUCCAUCGAAUUCAAACUCGACCUUGGGCCUUAUGUGUCUGGCUAUACAAGGAACGGCCGCAGUUUACUACUAGCUGGGAGGAAGGGCCAUAUUGCCACGUGCGAAUGGCGAGCUGGAAAACCAGGGUGCGAGUUACAUCUGAAUGAGACAGUAAGGGAUGCUACAUGGUUGCAUAACGACCAGUAUUUUGCGGUGGCGCAGAAGAAAUAUACCUACAUCUAUGAUCAUGCCGGAGUCGAGAUCCAUUGUCUGAGAAAAUACGUCGAGACCAUGCAUUUGGAAUUCCUCCCCUACCAUUUUCUCUUGGCCGGUGUCGAACACAGUGGCUUCUUGCGGUACACAGACACAUCGACGGGACAAACCGUGGCGGAGUACCCAACUCGAAAAGGUGCUCCUACGGCCCUCGCUCAAAAUUCUUACAACGCCAUCCUCCAUGUCGGUCAUCAAAAUGGUACCGUGUCUUUAUGGUCACCCAAUUCCUCGACCGCUUUGAUCAAAAUACAAUCAAAUGCUGGCCCUGUUCGGUCGGUAGCGAUAGAUCGUUCAGGACAUUACAUGCUAUGUGGCGGACAAGACCUCCGCCUUAAGCUCUGGGACAUCCGUGCUCUGAAGGAAGUCCAUUCCUACACCACUCGCCAACCUGCAACGUCCAUCGACAUCUCCGACCGUGGGCUUGCGGCCAUCGGAACCGGAACGGCUGUAGCCAUCUGGAAAGACCUCUUCACAACUUCCUCAUCAGCAGACCCGCUAAAAAUCCAAUCUCCGUACCUCAACUGGGGCAACGACGGCCGCCGCGUGGAGCGCGUCCGCUUCUGCCCUUUCGACGACAUCCUCGGCAUCUCCCACGUCCAAGGCUUCAGCAGCAUCAUCGUCCCCGGCGCCGGCGAACCGAAUUACGACGCCCUCGAAGCCAACCCGUUCGAAACGUGUAAACAGCGACAAGAAGCCGAAGUCAAGGCCCUACUCACGAAACUCCAGCCCGAAACCAUCGCACUUGACCCCAACUUCAUCGGCACCCUGGACACGCGCAGCGCCGAACAGCGGAAGCGGGCGAAAGAUCUAGACUCUGCACCCCAGGACCCACUGGCCAAAUUGAAGGAGAAAGAAAAGCAACGGAAUCGUGGGCGUGGCAAGAAUAGUACGCUGAGAAGGUAUUUGAGGAAGAAAGGCGGGAAAAAUAUCAUUGAUGAAAAGAGACUAAGGCUCGAAGAGAUGAAGAAGCAGCGUGCUGAGAGGGAGGGUGAGAGGCUGAAGAAGGAUAAAGUUGAGCUAGGCCCUGCGUUGGCGAGAUUUGCGACGAGGAGAACAGUAUAG